GGAGGUUUAUUGAAGGUAUUGACAACUGAAAAGCUAAGCUCCAAGAACUGAACUCCAAGAAUGAAAAGCCCCAAGAACCCUGAGCAGGGCUCUAGCAGUGGGUUUUAUAGAAGGGAUGGCACAAAGCAAACAACAAAUGAGGGUUCACUUAGGAAGGAGUCUAAGGCGGGGAAUACAGAACUCAAUCCAAUGGGGAUAACAAAGGGAGGGGAACAAUGCAGGGCAGCAAAUGAUACAUCAAGCAAAGGGAGAUUGACAGGGAAGGAUCUAGAAACAGGGGCAGGGAUACAAGGAAUUGACAACUGGGAAAGGAGGGGAUUAGGGAAGGGAUAAAUGUUUGAGGGCCAAUGGGGAAACUUCUAGGGAGUGGCCAGCUGACAGGCAAAGGAAUUGACACAUAACAGUAUGCAUAUCAAUUAGGGUACAGAACCUAAGAAUAGAACAAACCGAUACAAAUGAAGGACUGUGCCUGUCUCAAAGAAUGGGGGAGGGCAGGUUCAGGGGAGACAAACUUCAUAUCUAAUACACAAAUGAAAUAAAAGGCUGGCCAAGAAACACAAACUGGAACCCACACCACCACACCUAAUACACUGCAGAGCAUUGUCAUAGUUUAGGAAUGAUAUUCCCAAUUGAGUAGCCCCACUGUAAAGAAAACCACAAGCUGCUCCCCUCCCCUCUUCCGUGGAAGAUACAAAAGGCAGAGAUUACAUGCUUGCUGGAAACAGCAAGGAGAUAGGAAAAUGAAGAGUAACAGGAACAAUACUAAUAACAAAAAUGUACAAAGAGUGAUUUACAUGCAAAUAUGCUCAUCAAACCUGGGACAAUGAAAACCAGUUGUGGAGAGACCCUCCAGCCAUCAAGCACACCUUCUUCUCAAAAGUGAGAAUACCUUAUAUCUGCCCUUGGUGAUGACAGUGAAGGGAUAGAACAACAACCUAGGCAGGUACACAUAGCUCCAGGCUCCACUCCCUCACAGUCAAUGUGAAAAAAUUAGCUCUGCCCUGGACAAAAAUCAGUCCUUGUUUUGAAGACAAAAUUAUUAUUCUGUGUAUAUGUUUCAAAAUUACAUUUACUAUUCUAAUUUAUCAUUGUAUCUGAUUCUUUCACAGUAUUAAUUUUGGUAAUAGUCUGUACUACAAGAAAAUUAACUUUAACAUUAAAAGUGCCCCAAAACAUCCUUUCCUCUGCAGAUAACAUUAUUAUUGGAGAUGCGUUAUUUUUAGCAAUGAAAUUUUAGCAAUUCCAGUUGCUUUCUUAAGCUAGGAAAAAGGCUGAGGGAGGAUGAAGACACUCCUUUUUCAUGCAGCCACUAUUCUCAUUACUGUAGUGACAACCAUGGUUUGAAUGGGAAGCCCAUUACUAAAUACCAGAAUGUUACCACGCAUCUCUCUGUGUCCUUUUCUUGCUGCCCGACCAUCUCCACAUCUGCUGUCUCACUGCCACCUUUGAAGGCAGAAUCACUUUGCCUACCUCCUUCUCUGAAGGCCUUUAUGCUGUGGGGCAGACUGUAGUCUUACAUAGACAUCUUCCAUCCCAAUGAGGUAUGGGACCCAUAAAACCACCAGAUUCCUCUUCCAAGAGACACAGAUACAGACUGACACAAAAAGUCUUUCUGAUUUGUUCCACCACUUUCUUGGGAAGGUAGAAAAACAGGAGACAAGAAAAAUGCCCAUGGCUUCUAAAUCUGCUUUCUCUGCUUUGGGAGGGGAGAUGCUACAACCUCCUUUGUGAUGGAAGUUGGAGGUAACCACAAGCUAUAUCUCAUCACUAGUGCUACAUGAUUAAUAUUUGACUUGAUACACUGCUCAUCCUCUGACUCUUUGAAUCUGCUUCACUAUUGAUCAGAGUUUAAAUGCUGACUCUAGCCUGAAUCCCAGGACCUUCACCCAUCCACUGCAAACCAUUGCUGCUGUGUAGAAGAGCAGAUUUCUGGGAGCCACCUUUAUGUUCUGGUAGUCCAAAGGCACACAGUGGACUUUCUCCACUUGUCCAAAAGGUGAUCAUAAAUCUCCUGCUUGGGCCUUCUGGAUGAUGUAAUCCCUUCAGUGAUCUGGAGGAUUAAGGUCUUGCGGCCUGGCUCUGGUUUCCUUUGGAAGGCAGUUUCUGUCUGAUGGGAUGAGAAGAGCAGCAGCCUGGUGUUCUUAGCGCUGCAGCAUAACUGUAAGGCAAAAUUUGAGAAGAGGGGAUGCCCUAGGGCCCGUGCCCCUCCCUUGGGAUCCGCGGCCUCAGCGCCGUCAGUCGGGCGGAGCGGGGAGGUGGCGCGGUGCCGGCCGCCGCCCCCCGCUGCGUGAGGAAAUGGCUCUCACGUGAGGGAGGCGGCAGCGCCCGGCUCACCCUGCCCGCUGCCCUGGGAGGAAGCGCCAGCGGGCCCGGGGCCGUCUGCACCAUGCCGACCAGCUUCACCGUGGUGCCCGUGGAGGCACAGGGCGAGGAGCGGCAGCGGGACGGGCAGCAGCGAGAGGAGGAAGAUGAAGGCGACGAAAGGGACCGUGGCGCUGGAGAUGGAAUUUCCAGGGAAAGUAGUCCAUUUAUUAGCAGUGCAGAACUGGGCAGAGGAAACAUGUAUGAAGGAAAGAAUAUGGCUCUCUUUGAGGAAGAAAUGGAUAGUAAUCCCAUGGUAUCAUCUCUUCUGAAUAAACUAGCUAACUACACUAAUCUGACUCAAGGAGUGGUGGAACAUGAAGCAGAUGAAGACAGCAAACGAAAGGAAGUCAAGGGUCCACAAAUGGGCACUUUUAUUGGUGUGUAUCUUCCCUGUUUGCAAAACAUCUUGGGAGUCAUCCUUUUCCUGCGCUUAACAUGGAUUGUAGGAACAGCUGGAGUUCUUGAGUCUUUCAUCAUUGUGUUCAUGUGUUGUGCUUGUACUAUGCUAACUGCAAUUUCAAUGAGUGCUAUAGCAACAAAUGGUGUAGUUCCAGCUGGAGGCUCUUACUACAUGAUUUCAAGAUCUUUAGGGCCAGAGUUUGGUGGAGCAGUGGGACUUUGUUUCUACUUAGGCACAACCUUUGCAGGAGCAAUGUACAUUCUUGGUACCAUUGAAAUUUUAUUGACGUAUAUUUCUCCAAGUGCUGCUAUAUUUAAAGGGGCAGAUAUUGGUAAAGAAACAGAGGCUAUGCUGAACAACAUGAGAGUCUAUGGAACAUGUAUUAUCAUUCUGAUGGCCAUAGUCGUUUUUGUGGGAGUGAAAUAUGUCAACAAACUUGCACUGGUCUUCCUUGCCUGUGUGAUUCUUUCCAUCAUUGCCAUAUAUGCUGGAGUUAUUAAGACUGCUUUUGACCCACCUGACUUUCCUAUCUGUCUCCUCGGAAACCGUACAUUGUCAAAACGCAGCUUUGAUGUCUGUGCCAAAUUUACUGAAAACAAUAAUGAAACAAGGACUACACCUUUGUGGCGCCUGUUCUGUGACAGUCCUUUGCUUAAUGCUACUUGUGAUGACUACUUUAGUCUCAAUAACGUAACAGAAAUUCAAGGAAUUCCAGGAAUAAUGAGUGGAGUUCUAACUGAUAAUCUCUGGAGUGCCUAUUCAGAAAAAGGAUCAAUAGUUGAGAAAAAAGCUCAGCCAUCAGUUGCUGGAUCAGAAGAGUCAAAAAUGAGUGGACUUCCUUAUGUUUUUACAGACAUCAUGACCUACUUCACAAUGCUUGUAGGGAUUUAUUUCCCAUCUGUGACAGGUAUUAUGGCAGGUUCAAACAGAUCUGGAGACCUAAAGGAUGCUCAGAAAUCUAUUCCUACUGGAACAAUAUUGGCAAUUUCAACUACAUCUUUUAUUUAUCUCUCCUGUAUAGUGUUGUUUGGUGCCUGUAUAGAAGGUGUAAUAUUAAGAGAUAAGUUUGGAGAAGCAGUUAAUGGAAAUCUGGUGGUUGGUACACUGGCCUGGCCUUCUCCAUGGGUUAUUGUGAUUGGUUCAUUCUUUUCAACAUGUGGUGCUGGUCUCCAGAGUCUCACUGGUGCGCCCCGGCUGUUGCAGGCCAUUGCAAGAGACGGCAUUGUACCAUUUAUUCAAAUAUUUGGUCAUGGAAAAGCAAAUGGAGAACCAACUUGGGCUCUGCUCCUCACUGCUGGUAUUUGUGAAAUAGGAAUUUUGAUAGCCUCAUUGGACAGUGUAGCACCAAUUCUUUCCAUGUUUUUCCUUAUGUGCUAUAUGUUUGUAAAUCUGGCUUGUGCAGUGCAGACGCUUUUGCGAACUCCCAACUGGAGACCUCGUUUCAAGUAUUACCACUGGACUCUUUCAUUCCUGGGGAUGAGUUUAUGUCUUGCCUUGAUGUUCAUUUGCUCUUGGUACUAUGCUUUGAUUGCCAUGCUAAUCGCAGGAUGUAUUUACAAAUACAUAGAAUAUAGAGGAGCGGAAAAAGAAUGGGGCGAUGGAAUCCGAGGACUGUCCCUGAAUGCAGCUCGCUAUGCUUUGCUUCGUGUUGAAGAUGGUCCUCCUCACACCAAGAACUGGAGACCUCAACUUUUGGUCUUGUUAAACUUGGAUAACGAGCAGUUAGUGAAACACCCUAGAUUGCUUUCUUUCACCUCUCAACUGAAGGCUGGUAAAGGACUGACUAUUGUGGGUUCUGUGCUUCAGGGAAUCUACUUAGAUAAAUGUACAGAAACUCAGAAAGCUGAAGAGAAUGUUAAGGCCUUAAUGAGUGUAGAAAAGACUAAAGGAUUUUGCCAGAUUGUGGUUUCUCCUAACUUCAGAGAUGGAAUAUCCUAUUUGAUUCAGUCAGCUGGUCUAGGAGGGAUGAAGCACAACACGGUCCUGAUGGCAUGGCCACAGUCGUGGAAGCAGACAGAAAAUCGUUUCUCAUGGAAAAAUUUUGUUGAUACUGUACGAGAAACAACUGCAGCUCAACAAGCGCUUUUGGUGGCUAAAAACAUCGACUUAUUUCCAACAAAUCAAGAACGUUUUACUGAAGGAAAUAUAGAUGUGUGGUGGAUUGUCCAUGAUGGUGGUAUGCUGAUGUUGCUGCCUUUUCUCCUCCGUCAGCACAAGGUUUGGAGAAAAUGUAAAAUGCGUAUCUUCACUGUCGCUCAAAUGGAUGAUAAUAGCAUUCAAAUGAAGAAGGAUCUUCAGAUGUUCUUAUACCACCUUAGACUGAAUGCUCAAGUGGAAGUUGUUGAAAUGUUUGAAAAUGAUAUUUCUGCAUUCACAUAUGAGAAGACACUUAUGAUGGAACAGCGAUCUCAGAUGCUAAAACAGAUGCAGCUAUCAAAGAAUGAAAGAGAAAGGGAGGCCCAGCUUAUCCAUGAUAAAAACACUGCCUCACGAUCUGCUCCAGCAAUUGAAGCAAAUGUGGCUGCUGCUGUGCCAGAGAAAGUGCAAAUGACCUGGACUAAAGAAAAGUUUGUAGCAGAAAAGCAUAAAAACAAGGAUUCAAGUGUGUCUGGCUUUAAAGAUAUUUUCAACAUGAAGCCGAAUCAGUCAAAUGUGAGAAGAAUGCACACUGCUGUGAAGCUCAACGGAGUAGUGCUUAAUAAAUCACAGCAUGCUCAGCUAGUUCUCCUGAAUAUGCCUGGACCUCCUAAAAACAGAAAAGGGGAUGAAAACUACAUGGAAUUUCUGGAAGUUCUAACAGAAGGUCUAGAUAGAGUUCUCCUAGUCCGAGGCAGUGGACGUGAAGUGAUCACCAUUUAUUCUUAAUCUGUUUGCAUGUGUUUUUCAAACACAACACACCUCCAUCAUAAGAAAACCAAGUUUUUUGCCAUAAUUUGAGCAGCUUCAUUGUGUUCUGGUGCAUUGAAAAUUAGCUGCAAGCUGAAUUUUCUGAUGAUGUGUUCUUUUUUUCCUAGUAAGAUGUUAUAUUUAAAUAUUUUAAGCACAUUUUUGUAGAAAAUUAUUAAAGGGUGAAUUAAUAAAUGAUGAAUGGCUUAGGAUAUUUAUAUGUAGCAUAUUCUGACACUUAAGCUGUGGUAAAACAAAAAAUUGGUGAUGCAAUUGUACUUCUAAAGAUAUAGAAAUGUAAGCAACUUUUGAUUUUUUAAAUCUUUAUUCUAUAUCUAAAUAAAAGGGAAGGGGUUUAGGAAAGGGUGUCUUUUUUUCUUACCAAAAUGCUGCUAUGUUGCUUCUGUUGGAAUUAGUCACGGUUCAAGAACCUUUCUUUAGAGAUGUAUACAGCCCAUCAAAUUUGGCUAUGAUGUCCAUUAGGUGUUUCCUGAAAAUUUGUUAUUUGCCACAUCUGUUAAAAAUAACAUCUCUGUAUUCAAAAUACUAAGGUAGCUGAAACCUUCAGGUGAUAGUAAACAGACAACCUGUGUGGAUUCUUUUCUAUGAGAUGCUGGCAAUUACCAUUAUUUUGCAGGAUUAUACCAAUGAUGAAACAUGAGAGCAUCCAACUCAUAGGACAGCUAUGGUGCAUAAACUCCACCUGGUUCCAAAUAUAAUUUAACAGUUGAUAAACCACAGCAAAGUGGCUAAUGAAAUGCAGUCUCUUGUUUUCAGAUAUGUAUAUUUUGAAAAUGUUGUAUGUGUAUGCUGCUGUUUGAAAUAAAAUCUGCUUUUCUGAACCAAA